GAUUUUGGUUAGUCAUUGGAAACGUAUUCUCCUAUGAAAAGUAUUUUUAUCUAUCAUUCAUAAAAUGGCUUUUGACUUGGGUAGAAAAGAGGGGUUUCCAACUCAAUAUGCCCCAAAUCAAACCCCCGUCACCGUUGAUGUUCUAGAAGUUGGUGUAAUUGUUGCUUUCGUAAUUUUAUAUGUUGCGUUACUGUUAUUUAUUCCAGGAAAAAAAAUAAGCACGAGCUUUAGUAGAUUUACAAGAAUAACAGUCUCGUUAUUAAUUGGAUUAUUAAUUAUUUUAGGAAAUAUUGGGCAAGAAUGGGAGGUGGCUCAUAUAAGAUCAAAAACAGCAUACAAAGCUGGAUCGGGAGAAGAAAUUACUGCGGAUAUAGGUGUAAAAAUUGGUCUUCGAUCUGUAAAUGUUACGCUUAAAAGUGGAUCAAUUCUAAAACAACAGGAAGAAAUGAUCGAUUAUAACGAAAGAUUUUCUUGGGUUUGGGAUCAAGGUCGAUUUGGUUUUGGACCUUAUGCUGGUAGAAUUCAAAGAGAAUUUAGAGCAGCCCAAUUCACCGGUCUUCCUUUACCGAUACUUUGGGUUGUGGAUUAUUUUGUAAUUGACGGCGAAGGUUUUCGUUAUGGAAGAUUUUAUAGAACAGCAGGAUGGUACGCUCAUAUUGCCAUUUGGACCGCUUUUCCAUGUUGGAUUAUCGCCAACAUACUUUUUAAAGCCGUCGUACAAUAUGGAGCUAUAUUCUUAGGGCUAGCCGGUGGUUUUCUUUUACUCGGAAAUUUCCUCUGGGCUGUUAUCCGAAAUCCUUUACCUUUAGUCAUCCCAUUUGAGGACGACAUCUUAAAAUUUAGUUACGGUUCUAGUUUUUGGAUAACUUUAAUAACUGGCUUAGCGUGUAUCUUUAUCGCAGUUGCUAUUUACAUAUUGGAUAUUUAUUUUAACGAGGAAUUGUAUAUGUUUUUUGGAUUGGAUAAUUUAUUAGGUUAUGAAGAAACUUAUGGUGGCGAUGAUACCGAGGAAAUGGUAACUCUUCGUCAUGAUACUUUAUUACCUUUAAAAGUAAUCAAUUCACAUAAAGAAGAAGAAGAAAACAUUUAUGACAAUCCAAAACCAAGAUAUGUUAAGCGUUCUAUUUAUAGAAGGAAGUCGCAGAAAUCGAAGAAAGUCGAUUCACAUUUAAUGGAAGAUAUAUAUCAAAAUGUAUAAUUUUUAUUUUAAUGCUUUAAUUUGAAUGAGUUUAUCUUAUAUUCAAUUUUUU